GUAUGUGGCUGUUUGUUUCAGCUGUUACUGUUACUAAUGGCACAACAACUGAGACAACAGUCGAAGUUCAUUGGCAAAUUGGUAACGUCACGGGUACUGUGACAAAAAUCACUGUACAUUGGGGGACAGACUUGAGUGAAACUGUAGGAAAAGAGAUAGACACUUACAAGGUAGAACGAUUGAAUCCCAAGACUUUGUACACAAUCAGAGUUGUCGUAAGUGUUCUUAAUGGUCAAGAGUGGGAGGCGACUGCAGAAGUUGAAACGAAAGCACUUACUGCCAUCGUACUUCGUCCACCAGAGACACUCCGUGUUGACAAAGAUGCACCUGGCACUGCUACAUGUGUAACUUCUAGUGGUGCUCCACCACCACCACCAGUUGAGUGGAGGGUUAAUAAUGAAGUUGUAUCAAGCACAGGGUUCAUUACAGUGCAAGACAACGUCUUGACUGUGAAAUACGCAGAAGAGCUAAACAAGGCAAUCAUCGUUUGCAAAGUCAAUGAGUUAACAUCAAACGAAGUUACAGUCGAUAUUCCUAUUGAAAGCAAGAGCAGUGGCCUUUCGAGUGGUGCAAAAGCUGGCAUUGCUAUUGGAGUGAUACUUGGUGUUAUCAUAUUGGUGAUUAUUAUUAUAAUUGUUGUCGUCGUGAUGAAAAGAAAACAGUCUGGUGGAAAGUUUACACCAAACAAACCUGAUGCUGAAAAUGGAUCCAACAAUCAGGGAGGUUCUGCCGCUUGUGAAUUGAAGGAAGACUCGAGAUACGCGCCUUGUGACCCUAUGGCUCCAGAAUCCCCAGAAAAAGUUCCACCAGGUGGCAGUGCCACCAGUCCUGCGAACGAUGAGACAGAAAAUAGAAAUGAAUACGAGAAACCACCACUUUCCAACGAGGGUGACGAUGAUGAAAUGGAUGGCUCUAACUCAAAGCAGACAACUGUUUGAAGCUAUCUAACUGAACUAAAUUUUAGGUGAUCUUUGAAAUAAUGCAGAUCGACAUUAUGGUGACACAUAGCUCAAACUUGUGGUCUUUAGCAGCAGUAUGAAUGUUUUCGAUAUAGUUAUUUUAGCCAGUGAGGGUGCAUGCGUAGGUUUUAGGCUUGUGAUGAGGUGAGUAGUUGGUAAAAUUGUGACGCGUUUCUGCUGUAUUACUCACUGUGAUUAUUUAGAAGAUAUUGUGGUUUUAUGA